AUGCCAGUGGUUACCAAGAUCCUCGGAGCCUUGCAUCGGGCGUCGUCAAUCGACGAACCCAGUGCUCCGGUCACGACAACUACCGUCCAGGAAAAGAACAUCGAUCCUGCCUCCAUUGAAAGCACUGCUGGAACCCAGGAAGGUGAUGGGGUACAACAGGAACCCCCUAGCGAGGGCUUGCAACGCGGUGUUCGCGAAGCUGAAGCACUAGCAUUAACCUGGUCGCGAGGUACACUGAUUGCGGUCUUCUGCAACAUCUGGAUGAUCUAUCUUGUUGAUGCAUUCCAAGAGUCGACCCUCGAUAAUCUCGUCGACUUUAUCACUAGUGAUUUUUCGGCCCAGUCGCUCUUGAACGUCAUUUACGUUGUCGGUUAUUCCACGUCAGCUGCAGUCUUCAUCCCCUUGUCGAAAAUCAUGGACGUCUGGGGUCGAGCCAACGGCUUUCUUUUCAUGGCUUUCUUUUGUACUCUGGGCCUGGUACUCAUGGCCUGCAGUACAAAUAUUUCCGUCUUUUGCGCUGCAUAUACCGCUAACAUGGAUCUAUCACUUCACUACAAGGUCUUUUACUCCAUUGGUUUUUCGGGUAUAACAUAUUGUGUCGAUGUGAUUACUGCCGAUUCGUCAAAGCUGAGAAACCGAGGUUUGGCUUAUGCCUUCACAUCUUCCCCAUAUAUCAUCACGGCGUUCGCUGGCCCCAAGGUAGCAGAGGAAUUCAACUACGAUAUUAGCUGGGAAUGGGCAUUUGGCUGUUGGUCGAUAAUCUUCCCUUUCGCGGCUGCCCCUCUAUACUUUACAUUAAGGCACAACCUUGGCAAGGCUAAGAAAAACGGCCUUUUGGUAAACGAAAAGAGCGGUCGAACCUUGAUCCAAAGCAUAUGGUACUAUGCAAUCGAGUUUGACACGGUCGGUGUCUUCCUGUUUACGGCUGGGCUCAUAAUCUUCCUCAUUCCGUUUGAUAUCGCCAGUUCCGCUCCCAAUGGUUGGGCAACGGGCUACAUCAUCGCCAUGAUUGUUGUUGGCUUUGUCUUGCUCAUACUUUUUGGCACCUACGAGUGGAAGGUGGCACCUAAGCCGAUGUUUGACUUUCGCUUCCUGUCUGACCGUACCGUCGUUGCUGCGUGCCUCUUAGACGUGACAUACCAAGUAUCUUACUACUGCUGGGACAAUUACUUUACCUCCUUCCUGAUUGUCGUUAAUGACUUGACCAUUACCACUGCCGGAUAUGUCAAUAACACAUUUGAUGUGGUCUCUGGUGUGCUUCUGUUGUUUGUCGGUUGGUUGAUCAGGAGAACUGGUCGUUUCAAGUGGCUGUUGUACAUUGCUGUGCCACUCUACAUCUUCGCACAGGGUUUGAUGAUCUACUUCCGUCGUCCAAACCAGUCCGUUGGCUAUCUUGUAAUGUGUCAGAUUUUCAUUUCCAUUGGUGGAAGUGUCUUUAUUAUUAUUGAACAGCUAGCCAUUCUAGCUGCCGUUGACCAUCAACACGUUGCUGCUGCCCUUGCAUUGCUUAAUGUUGUCGGCGGUGUUGGUGGAGCCUUGGGCGGUGCCAUCUCUGGCGCUAUUUGGUCAAACACCUAUGGUGGCGCCCUUUAUAGCUAUCUCCCAGAAUCUCAGAAGGGAAACUACUCCGCACUUUAUGACGAUAUAAACGCGCAGAUCAGUUUUCCAACUGGAAGUCCUACAAGGCUGGCUAUCCAGGAGGCUUAUGGGUAUGGACAGACGAGGAUGCUUGCUGCUGGAACAGGCGUCAUGGGACUGUCACUUAUUUGGAUCUUCUUCUUCAGAGAUAUCAACGUUGGUAAGGUUGCCCAAGUCAAGGGUACAGUCUUCUAG